CCAUACACUUGAAACGUUCACACCAUUCAAAUAAAACAACGGCGGUUCCUAUUGUUGACUUUCUGCAUAAAUUCAAAACUAAACUCUACGAACACAAAAAAAAAUUAAUAAAAAUUUAAAAAAAAAAACGCAACAAAUAUGUUUAAAUACGCGUUAAUUGCCUGUCUAUUGAGUGCUGUUGCUAUUGCUUUGCCAAUCGAUCGCGAUGAAGCCGAUGAAUUGGAUAAGGCUGAGUUGGAACGUAUUCAAAAUGAAAAUGCCCAGUAUUCGUUUAAUUCGCGUAUAGAAGAUCAAAUCAAUGACGGAAGCAUUCAACGUGAAGAGACUCGUGAUGGCACCAAAGUAACAGGCAUGUAUUCGUACAGCGAUGGUUUCGUAAUGCGUACCGUAUACUACGAAGCUGAUGAGAACGGUUAUCGCGUUGUAAAAGAAGAUACCCAGGAUAUUGGUGAUGGACCGCAAUUCAAUGCCGAAGGUCAAGCUGAUGUCGAGGGCUCAUUAAUUGGCAAAUAUUCCAUUAAGCUGGAUAAGGAUGAUCAGGAAAAACAUUAUAAAGAUAUUCAUGCUUGAAUUAAUUUAAUGAAAAAAAAAAUUCUUACAAAAAGAUUUCUAACAUUUAGAAAUCGAGACUGAUGAAUAUGUUCUUAAGUUUUUUUCGUUCUUUUUCUAUUUUUCUUUUUUUUUUUUUUUUUUGUUUAUUGUGCCCGCACACAUGUUAACGUGUAUUUAACAAUAAUAAAAACACUAAUAAAUUGAAAAAUGAAAAUUAAAAUAAAAAAAAAAA